GGACGAGGAGGAAAAGGGCGAGGAGGAGGGGGAGAAAAAAGAUCGCGACGGGAGGAGGAGGAGGAGGAGGAGGAGGAGGCAGAAGACGGCGAUGGGGAGGAGGAGGAGGAGGAGAAGGAGGAGAACGAUCGGCUAUGGGAUGAGAAGGAGGAGGAGGACGAGGAGGAGGAGGUGGAGAAGGGGGAGAAAGAUCGGCUAUGGGAGGAGAAGGAGGAGGAGGAAGAAGACGGCGAUGGGGAGGAGGAGGAGGGGGAGGCAGAAGACGGCGAUGGGGAGGAGUAGGAAGAGGAGGACGACGACGAUGAUGACGAGGAAAAAGAUCGUGAUUGGAGGAGGAGGAGGAGGAGGAGGAGAAGGAGGUGGAGGAGGAGGAGAAGGGGGAGAACGAUUGGCUAUGGGAGGAGAAGGAGGAGGAGGAAGAAAAUGGCGAUGGGGAAGGAGAAGAGGAGGAAGGAGGAGGAGGCAGAAGAUGGCGAUGCGGAGGAGGGGGAGGAGUAGGAGUAGGAGGAGGAAGAAGAUGGCGAUGGGGAAGGAGGAGAGGAGGAGGACGAGGAGGUGGAGCAACCGCCAAAUCUGCAACAUGACAAGUGCAACUUCAACUGCAGAUGCUAAGAGGGAGCCGUUCAGGGAGGAUCCAGCAUUUCGGGGUAACUUCUGUGUGUGGUCGUGGGUGUCUGCUGGGCAGAAGCUGAAGGAGACCACUCGGGGUGGUCGUCGCCUGAAAUGCAAGUUGUGGGGCCGUGAAUUCAAUGGGGGACAGCCGCGUGCAGUUGAGCACUUCAUUUGGAAGAGGCCGACUUCACAUUGCCCUCAUGGGACACUGACUAUCUGGAGGAGGCUGCAUGUUGUUGGGGUGGUAUUGCCUGCAGACUUGUUGGAAUUGGUGCGGGCAGCGAAGGAGGAGGAAAACAACACCGGUGCUGGUGGCUCGGAGGGAGGAAAUGUAGGGGCAGACGUUGGGGACAAAGGAGGGAGACAAGUGGGGAGGGGUGGAGAGUCGGGUCCGCGGUCUUGCAGUGGGGUGGAGGAUGUUGGGGGGAGGGACGUCGAUAUGAAGCAGAGAUCCAUCGCGAGGUGGGUCAAAAACCCACGACAAAAGGACAUUAAUGAGAGCUGCAUCGACUUCUUUGUGGAGAACGCAAUCCCCUUCAAUGUGGCGAAGAGCAAGUCCUUCAAGAAGUUCGUGAACACAUGCUAUGGACCACAACCUGCUGCCAAACAUCCCCUGGUCCCCACUGGCUACAACCCUCUGCGGUGUUAUCUUCUCGAUGGCUUGAGGCAAAGGUUGAGCGAGGAGGAGCAGGCCAUCAGCGAUGAUUGGGAGGUCACUGGCUGCACGUUCACCACUGACGGCACCACUGACAUCUGUGGGCGGUCAUUGGUGAAUUACAUCCUCGCAGGGCGUUCGAAGCCACUAUUCGUCAAGUGUGAGGACGUCAACGAUCAGGACAAGGACGUCGAUGCAGUUGUUCGCGGAUGGAAGAACUUUUUCAGGGAGAUUGGGGUUGAGAAGAUCACGGUCAUCUGCACUGACUCCUUCUCAGAGAACAAAACUGCGGCCACGAUGUUGAGGGCGGAUCCAGAGUUCCAACAGAUAUACUGGAUCCCGUGCACUACACAUUGCAUGGACUUGUUCAUGCAGGAUGUGGGCGACAAGCCAGUUCUUCUUCGUCCUACCCUUACGAGGUUCGGGAUCCACUUCGUCAGGUUGGAUCGGCUGUUGACAUGCGAGAGAGCCCUUCGUCGCUUGGUGCUGGGGGACUCGUGGACGAACAUGGAUUGGCAGUUGUAUAUAAGGACGGACGCUUACGAGGUGGAGUCCCUCAUCACUUACAGGUCAUUCUGGGCAGAUUUGAAGAAGCUGUAUCGAGUGAUGAAGGGGACCUACGAAGUGCUGUAUAUGGUCGACAAAGACAUCCACUGCUUGUCCAGGGUGUACGACGCUGUCGUGGACCUGAAGAAUUGUGUUCUUCAUGCACCACUCACAGACGAUGUGCGGGACAACAUCUUGCGCAAUGUGGGAAAGAGGACGGACAUGCUUCUCAGCCCUGUUCAUGUUGUGGCUCGCUUGUUGGACCCUCGAUUGCGGGACAUCACCGUCUUCAGCAAUCUGGACUUGAUGGCGCAAUUUGAUAGCGUGGUGGACCGUCUCGUUGCAAAGAAUGGGAGUCAGAAGUUCACGGACUGCAAAUACCAUCUAUACGACUUCCAAUUCGGCAGAGGGAUCUUUGGUGACGCAGCAGCGUUGAGGAGGGCAGGCAAGGACAAUGCAUUAGGCAUCGCGCCACUGGAUCUAAAAGGGGCAGCACCAAUAUCGUCACUGCGCGUCGUGCAACUCAAAGUAGGACGCAUGGACCGGAGGAGGAGGAGGAGGAGGAUGAGGGAGAUGAAUUCCAUCUCGAGGAGUGGUGCAGUGACAAGAACGACUCAAAUAGAUCGUGGACAAGGAGAGAGGGCAUUCUACCGUACACACCAAGCCCGCGUUUCAGCCACCGGAUUGCAUCACGGAAUGCUCGGGGCCAGCAAGAGGGCCAACAACACGAGGAACGACAUGAUGAUGAUGAUGAUGAGGAAGAGGAGGACCAUUAGGAGCUACAGCAACAGCAGGAGCAGCAGCAGUGGGAGCGGCAGCAGCGAAAGCAGCAGCACGAGGAGUAGCACUAGGGGAAGCAGCAGGACGAGCAGCAAGAGGACCAACAGCACGAGCAGCAGUAACAGGGGGAGCAUGAAGACGCCGAGCGGCAGCAAUGGUACGAGGAGCAGCAACACUACGAGGAGCAGCAACACAAGGAGCAACAGCAGGGGGAGCAGCAGAACGAGCAGCGGCACGAGCAGCAGCAGCAGGGGGAGCAUGAGGACGUCGAGCGGCAGCAGCGGGACGAGGAGCAACAACAACAGCAGAAGCGACAGCAGGACCAUCAGGACCAGCAGCUCCCGCAGGAGCAGCAGCAGCAGCAGCAGCAGCAACCACGUGCAUUCUACGGUCCGAGCAGACCCUCACAGUUGCUUGGUUGUCUGGGGGCCACCUCUGGUUCCACCCGGGAUCCUCUCAGUUAUUGACCUCCACGGGGCGGCAGAGGUGGACGAGAAGGUGCAUCGACUGCGAGAGGGAGAGGAGACGUGGCUCCUAAAAGAGGCAAAGGGCGUCCUCGUUUAGGAUCCUCAAAAGACAAAGGACGCCCACCUGCACAGGCAAAGAACCAGGCAGGGGAGGAGGCACUUUCCAAAUGAGGCGAA